AUGUCCUCCAGCGGGGGCAGCUCCCCCGGCCAUGCCGUGAAGAAGCGGAGCCCCGCCGGCUCGGCCGCCUCGCUGGCUCAGGAGGAGGAGAAGCAAGCCAUGGAGAAGAUGCUGGAAGGAGCGCAGGAAAACGGCUGUGCCCGCUCGCCAUCGCCCUGCGGCUCGGCGGAGGGGGUGACCCUGCAGCGGAACAUCACCCUGCUCAACGGCGUGGCCAUCAUCGUGGGCACCAUCAUCGGCUCCGGCAUCUUCGUCACCCCCACGGGCGUGCUGCGAGAGGCCGGCUCUCCGGGCUUGUCGCUCGUGGUCUGGGCCGUGUGCGGCGCGUUCUCCAUCGUGGGCGCUCUGUGCUACGCCGAGCUCGGCACCACCAUCACCAAAUCCGGCGGGGACUACGCCUACAUGCUGGAGGUGUACGGCUCCCUGCCCGCCUUCCUCAAGCUCUGGAUAGAGCUGCUCAUCAUCCGGCCCUCCUCGCAGUACAUCGUGGCUCUGGUGUUCGCCACUUACCUGCUCAAGCCCAUCUUCCCCACCUGCCCCGUGCCCGAUGAGGCGGCCAAGCUGGUGGCGUGUUUGUGUGUCUUGCUGCUCACGGCUGUGAACUGCUACAGUGUCAAAGCUGCCACCCGUGUGCAGGACGCCUUCGCUGCGGCCAAGCUGCUGGCUCUGGCUCUCAUCAUCAUCCUGGGCUUCGUGCAGCUGGCAAAGGGUGAUGUGGAAAACCUGACCCCUGAGAAAUCCUUUGAGGGCACCAAGGUGGACGUUGGGAACAUCGUGCUGGCUCUGUACAGUGGCCUCUUUGCCUAUGGAGGAUGGAAUUACUUGAAUUUUGUGACAGAAGAGAUGAUAAAUCCCUACAGAAACCUGCCCCUGGCUAUCAUCAUCUCCCUGCCUGUCGUCACUCUGGUGUAUGUGCUGACCAACCUGGCUUACUUCACCACGCUGAGCACCGAGCAGAUGCUGACGUCCGAGGCCGUGGCUGUGGAUUUUGGGAACUACCACCUCGGUGUCAUGUCCUGGAUCAUCCCUGUCUUUGUUGGGCUCUCGUGCUUUGGGUCUGUCAAUGGAUCUCUGUUCACUUCUUCCCGGCUGUUCUUCGUGGGAUCCCGAGAGGGACACCUGCCUUCCAUCCUGUCCAUGAUCCACCCCCGGCUGCUCACCCCCGUCCCGUCCCUCGUGUUCACGUGUGUCAUGACCCUGCUCUAUGCCUUCUCCAACAACAUCUUCUCAGUCAUCAACUUCUUCAGCUUCUUCAACUGGCUCUGUGUGGCCCUGGCCAUCAUCGGGAUGAUGUGGCUGCGCUACAAGAAGCCGGAGCUGGAGAGGCCCAUCAAGGUGAACAUCUGCCUGCCCAUCUUCUUCAUCCUGGCCUGCCUGUUCCUCAUCGCCGUUUCCUUCUGGAUGACGCCCAAGGAAUGUGGGAUUGGCUUUGCCAUCAUUCUCAGUGGGAUCCCCAUUUACUUCUUCGGGGUCUGGUGGCAAAACAAGCCCAAGUGGGUCCUCCAAGGCAUCUUCUCUGCCACCGUGCUGUGCCAGAAGCUGAUGGAAGUGGUUCCUCAGGAAUCCUAGGCA